UCCAUCAAUCUCUCAAUUCUUUAUUGCAAAAAUCCAAAUACGCACAUUUUCGUUCCUCUGUUUUCUCUCAACACAUUCCUCUGUUUCUGUUUCUGUGUCUGGUUUGGGAGAAUGAGUUUAGCAGCGAAAACAGUAUGCGUAACAGGAGCUUCAGGUUACAUAGCGUCAUGGCUCGUCAAAUUCUUGCUCCAGCGUGGUUACACUGUUAAGGCUUCCGUUCGUGACCCAAAUGAUCCCAAGAAAACACAGCAUUUGCUUUCCCUUGGUGGGGCCAAAGAGAGGCUUCACUUGUUCAAAGCAAACCUGUUAGAAGAAGGUUCAUUUGAUGCUGUGGUUGAUGGAUGUGAAGUUGUAUUCCAUACAGCAUCUCCAUUUUACUACUCUGUUACAGACCCACAGGCUGAGUUACUUGAUCCUGCUGUCAAGGGGACACUCAAUCUUCUUGGUUCAUGUGCCAAAGCACCAUCAGUAAAACGAGUGGUUUUAACAUCUUCCAUAGCUGCAGUUGCUUAUAGUGGUCAGCCUCGGACACCUGAGGUUGUGGUUGAUGAAAGCUGGUGGACCAGUCCAGACUAUUGCAGAGAAAAGCAGCUCUGGUAUGUUCUCUCAAAGACAUUGGCUGAGGAUGCUGCAUGGAAGUUUGUGAAAGAGAAAGGCAUUGAUAUGGUUGCAAUAAACCCUGCUAUGGUUAUUGGUCCUUUGUUACAGCCUACACUUAAUACCAGUUCUGGUGCAGUCUUGAACUUGGUAAAUGGUGCCGAGACAUACCCAAAUUCUACCUUUGGGUGGGUUAACGUCAAAGAUGUCGCAAAUGCACAUAUUCUCGCGUUUGAGAAUCCUUCAGCUAAUGGAAGAUAUUUAAUGGUUGAGAGAGUUGCCCACUACUCUGAUAUACUGAAGAUAUUACGUGAUCUUUACCCUACUAUGCGACUUCCAGAAAAGUGUGCUGACGACAAUCCGUUGAUGCAAAACUAUCAAGUAUCAAAGGAAAGGGCGAAAAGCUUGGGUGUCGAAUUCACUCCUCUCGAAGAAAGCAUCAAAGAAACUGUUGAAAGUUUGAAGGAAAAAAGGUUUUUUGGAGGCUCAUCGGCUAUGUGAGCGUUUCUCAAAGCUUUUCUGGAAUGUUAGCAAGUCUUGAAAAACUUAUAUUCUUUACAAAAGCUAGUACAACCAUAGCCUGAACAAUUUCCCUUCUUUUUGUUUUGGGCUAAUUUAGAAUUUAGGUGUCAGAGUCCAUACCCCUUAAUAAAUUUUGAUCAAACUUGGUUGAAAUUUUUUGUGAAUUUCUAUAGCUGCAUAGAUUGCUUAGCAAAGCUGUUAAUGCAAAGCAUCAAUAUAUAUGUAAGCUCUUAUCGAGUUUUAAGAUUUAGUCACUGUCUUGAUGCAACAAGCUCUUUCUAUACCGUGCAGUGGCGGAUCCAAGAUUUAAAUUUUAUGGGUUCAACUUUUAAGGUUUUUA